UUUCAAGGAGUGUUUUAGGUGUAAUUCAUGCCAAACAUUUGGAUAAACAGAAUUGAAACUAUAUUCUUUCACGGAUGUUUUUAAGAUAGUCCCGAGGUGUUGCAAGUCACUUCCUGGUUCAGAUUGCUUGAGUGCUUCUUCCAGUUUUCCAAGCCAUGUCUUCAUGUUCUUGCCUUUGAAAUCAGAAAAAACAAAAAAAAUACAAAUUUAAAAUCUCUAAGAAAAGAUGUUUUGCUGUUAACCCUCAGACCAAGUUUCAGAAAUGUUAUCAAGUUUGGUAAAAGGCCACCAGGCCAAACAGUCGGCCAGAAAAGAAAGCCAAGAAAAGAAGAAAAAAGAAGUAACUACAGCAGUGACAUCAUUGACACAUGCCUUGGUUGACCAUCUUAACUCAGGGGUUGCUCAAGCGUAUGUCAAUCAAAAAAAGCUGGACACGGAAACCAAGAUUUUACAGGCAAAUGCAGCUCACUUCGCCAAACAAACAACACAGUGGUUGAAGUUAGUGGAAGAAUUCAACCAGUCGUUAAAAGAAAUUGGUGAUGUAGAAAACUGGGCAAGAAGUAUAGAAACGGACAUGAGGACAAUAUCAAGCGCUCUUGAGUUCUCAUACAAAGGAAGCUUUCUGGCCACUGAAAAACCAAGGCGAGCCGUAACAACGUACGGGCGGCCUCAAUCAGCGCUGCUGGAGCCAUCGAUACUACCCCCAGGAUCGCUGAAUCGGCCAUCAAGAUCAAGAGAUUCUUGGUGAUCACCAUGGUGCCAUGAUUAAAGACAUUACUGGGAGGACUUCAUCAUUCAUAAACAUAGGAGUACAAGUUGUGAUGUAACAGCAAGUUGUUCUCCUCCCUUGAGGAGCCACUUCAAACUACAGUAGUUAGACUCAUCAGGCACUGAAGACGAAUGGUACCCUGUGUGCGUUUCCAAGGCUUUCAAGUCAUUGACUGAGUUCACCAAGUCCCACAUCAAUGGAUAAUGUGAUGUGUGGAGAGAGAGUCCUCGGUGUUUGCACCUCUGUAAUACUUUAAUACUGCCUCUGGCACUGGUGAUAUUAUCAAGCUUGACAAAGCUCUAUUCAAGUCUGUGCACAUUGACUCGUGCAUUCUUCAGUUAUUUUCAUUUCUUUGUUUAAAGAGAACUGUCAAAUCAAAAUUUGUACAUGAAUUAGUUGUAAAUAGUGGAAUUUUGCCAUAUUGAUCGAUUUACUUGCAUAAAUGUGACCCAUCACAGCAAAACCAGGCGCAUGUCGCUCUGAGCUUGACAGGUUGAGACGGACUGUCUGUUCAUUUCUCUAUUGUUUGCCUUUUGUGAAAUAUGUGCACAUCAAUUACUUCCAUUAUCUGCAGGUGUCAUUUAGGCUCAUCUUCUGUGCGACAAGCGCCUGGUUUUGCUGUGACGGGUCACAAAUUUGUGUUCCAUUA